AUGACAAAUCCAAGCUUGACAUUGGUCUGCAAUGAUGUCAUCGCAUGCCUCAUCCAUGGCCAGGAGGGUGGAACCACAACAUCUUCCUACCAGACCAUUUUCAGAGAUAGCUGCACACAUGGAGAUGUUUCCCCCACGUUGUCCAGGCACUUUGACGGUUACACAUUGGUCGAUGAGGUUCCGCCCAUGGCACCGAGUUUUGGCAGGGUUGAAGCCUGCUUCAUCAACAAAGAUAUACUUGUGAUGGUUCACAGCAGUAUCAAGCACCAUCACCCUCUAAAGAUAUAUUUUGAAUCAUCCACAGACAGCAGCCUCUAUUCUGGUGCUGAUGUCUGCCCACUGGGCCAGUUCCCCUGUGGCAACCUGUCUGUGUGCCUGCCCCAGCUCUACCACUGCAAUGGGGUCCAGGACUGUGCUAAUGGAGCUGAUGAGGAGAACUGUGUGGACAACAGCGGGUGGCCACAUCUUUUUGAUGCCUUUAUGAAGAAAAAUGUUGAAGAGUCCAAGGAAUGCAUGCUGGACGUGUUCCCAGAGGUAUGCUUCUGUGAGGCCAGGAGAGUUAACUGUAACAAAAAGGGACUACUCAGCGUCCCAGCUGUGUCUUCCAAUAUAACAUCUCUACACCUGGAAGACAACAGGAUCAAAAGAAUCUCCAAGCAGGCAUUCUCAGGACUCUACUCACUAAGAAGACUAUUUCUCAGUCAGAAUCGGAUUACAUCGUUGAAGGCUGGCAUUUUUGGAGACCUCUCGAACCUGGAGUGGCUGAUUCUUGACGAAAAUAGAAUCACAUCUAUGAGACAGAAAUCGUUUGAGGGCCUGAAAUCUUUAUUUUUCCUGUCUUUGCUGAAUAAUUCCCUAGAAUCCAUCCCCAAGAAAUCUGUCUGCCUGGAAAUGCCUAGAUUAAACUGGCUAGAACUGGAGGGGAACAGGAUAUCAUCUUUGUGGGUUUCCAGCUUUCAAAACUGCACCACUCUGACAGUAUUGGACAUAUCUGUAAACAAAUUUGAGGAGUUCUCCUCAACUAUGUUUAGAAAUCUUCUAAACCUAAAACAGUUGAACAUCUCAAAUAACCCUCUAACUCAUAUCUAUGAUGAUCAGUUUGACAUGUUUGUCAAUUUGCAAUCCCUGAGUAUAGAGGAGGUUGAAAUACCAAACAUCAGUAUUCAGAUGUUUCGCUCUCUUAGCAACUUGUCCCAUAUUUAUUUUAAGAAAUUUGAAUACUGUGGCUACUCUCCUAAUGUGCGAAGUUGCAAGCCAAACACUGACGGAAUUUCAACAUUUGAGAAUCUUCUUGCGAACAUCAUCCUUCGUGUUUUUGUGUGGGUGGUGGCCUUCAUCAUCUGCUUCGGCAACAUUUUUGUGAUCUGCCUGAGGUCUUGCAUUGCAUCUGAAAACCAGCACCACACCAUGGCCAUCAUAUCACUGUGCUGUGCUGACUGCCUCAUGGGAGUCUAUCUGUUCUUCAUCGGUGCGUUUGACAUCAAGUACUGUGGAGAGUACAACAGACAUGCCCAGCUGUGGAUGGAGAGCCUGCAGUGCCAGUUGAUUGGCUGUCUGGCCAUGCUGUCCACUGAGGUGUCAGUCAUGCUUCUGACCUACAUGACUCUGGAGAAGUACCUGUGCAUUGUGUUCCCCUUCCACAACUACAGAGCCGGACGUAAACAGACGCUCUGCUAUCUCAUCUUCAUCUGGGUCCUGGGUUUCAUUAUUGCCGUCAUUCCCUUAUGGGACAAGCAGACGUUCGGGAAUUACUACGGCAGGAAUGGAGUGUGUUUUCCACUUCACUCAGAUGAGAUGGAGAAACCAGGGGCCCGAUGCUACUCCACUGGAAUAUUUCUGGGAUUGAAUCUCUUUGCAUUCAUCAUGAUCGUCUUCUCCUACACCAGCAUGUUUUACUCCGUACAGAAAACAGCCAAGACAGCAAGACAGUCUGUCUACAACAAGGAGGUCUCUAUAGCCAAGAGGUUUUUCUUCAUCGUUUUCACAGAUGCCAUGUGUUGGACACCUAUAUUCAUCCUAAAGAUCCUCUCCCUUUUACGAGUGGAAAUAGCAGGAACGAUCGUUCUAUGGGUGGUGAUCUUCAUCCUGCCCAUCAAUAGUGCCCUAAACCCCAUUCUAUACACCAUCACUGCCAGCUCCUUCCAGGAGAAACUCAAACUCUGCUUGAAGGCCAAGUGCAAACAGGCUGGGCUCAGGGAAACAUCCCAAAAAGUAUCUGAAGUUUACCAGAACCCCAGCGCUCCCCCUUAA